CUUUAGGUCCCCGUGUCCGCCUUGUCCCCGCUGGGAUCCCAGAGCUUCCAUUUGCUGUCUUUGUCAUCUCUGAGCAGCCAUGGGCCGCCGCCCUGCCCGCUGCUACAGAUACUGCAAGAACAAGCCGUACCCCAAGUCCCGCUUCUGCCGUGGCGUCCCAGAUGCGAAGAUCCGGAUCUUUGACCUGGGCCGUAAGAAGGCGAAGGUGGACGAGUUCCCACUGUGUGGACACAUGGUGUCUGAUGAGUAUGAGCAGCUCUCCUCUGAAGCACUGGAGGCAGCACGGAUCUGUGCCAACAAGUACAUGGUGAAGAGCUGUGGCAAGGAUGGGUUCCACAUCCGUGUACGGCUGCACCCCUUCCAUGUCAUCCGCAUCAACAAGAUGCUGUCCUGUGCUGGUGCUGACCGGCUGCAGACAGGCAUGCGGGGGGCAUUUGGGAAGCCGCAGGGCACAGUGGCGCGGGUGCACAUUGGCCAGGUGAUCAUGUCCAUUCGCACCAAGGCGCAAAACAAGGAGCACGUCGUGGAGGCACUGCGGCGUGCCAAGUUCAAGUUCCCUGGCCGCCAGAAGAUCCACAUCUCAAAGAAGUGGGGCUUCACCAAGUUCAAUGCUGACCAGUUUGAGGACAUGGUGGCCCAGAAGCGCCUGGUGCCUGAUGGCUGUGGAGUCAAGUACAUCCCAGGGCGUGGGCCCCUGGACAAGUGGCGAGCGUUGCAUGCUGCCUGAAAUCUGUCAUGUCAUAUAUUCCUCCCCCCCCGCCAACACUGGGGCUCCCCAUAAUAAAUGCUUUGGCCUCUCAA